CCCUCUACAUCCUUCCUUCCAUUUUUAUAUACCAUUUGAGUGCACAUUAUAUUGACCAAUAGUCACAUACCUCUUUUAUCACAAAACAAGAUCAAGCGAUCGAGCAUGGAGAAUGCAACUCAUGUCAACCAAUUCUCAUCUUCCAUGUCUACCACCACCUCCACCUUCACCACUUCUGCCCCCAGAACUAUUACAUGUCGUUCAAAGGAGUGCAAGUCACAGAGAGGCUCAGUAAGAGCUCGAAAGGGAAACAAUGGCAAUGAGGAAAAGAAACUAUGUAAAACUGGUGGUGACGCUAGUGGUUGUGGUGGUGAGGAUGGUGAAGAGCACCACACCUAUCGAGGUGUACGAAAGAGGAGUUGGGGAAAAUGGGUGUCGGAAAUACGUGAGCCACGGAAGAAAUCAAGAAUAUGGCUUGGAACAUUCUGGACGGCAGAAAUGGCAGCUCGAGCACAUGACGUAGCUGCUAUAGCCAUAAAAGGCACCUCGGCCUACCUUAAUUUCCCUCAUUUAGCACAUCUACUUCCACAGCCUGCCACCAGAUCACCCAAAGACAUCAGGGAAGCAGCCGCAAAGGCUGCCGCCAUGACAUGCGGCGGAGAUGGAGAUGGAGCCGAAGCCGAACCAGAUAGCCAACCCAUACUUUCUCACUCUCAGUCAUCAACCACCUUAUCAUCAUCGGAAAACACCCAAGAUGGAGCAGAGCCAGAAAGCCAAGAAACAAUGGCUUCCGACGAUGAUACAUUCUUUGACUUGCCAGAUCUUUCCCUCCACAACACCGACCUGAGCGACGGUUUUUUUAAUGCUUCAUCGUGGCAGGUAGUGGCCGGUGUUGAUAGUGCCUUCCGGCUUGGAGCUGAAGAGCCGUUUCUAUGGGAGAUAUACUAGCUAUAGCUUAUAAUCAAAAGUAAAUAAAUAAAGAUAUAUACUGUAAAUUAUUACUGUAUAUAUUGGACACAAUUCUAGUCCAAUAUAUUUUAUUUAGUUUUAAAAAAAUUAACGUGUAUUAAUUUAUAUCGAUAUAAGUUCGAGUUUUUUCUCUAU